AUGAGGUCGCAGUUAGCUAGAUCCAUCAUCUGGGCCUCCUAUUUGCUCCUUUCUUAUGUUGCGAAAAUUGCGCUGGGCAAGCUUACUGUUGUCCGCAUCGAUGAUCCAGAAAAUCCAGGUGACGACGUGGUGUUGGAAGGGCUGUUUGCCCCAUUGCUUCUGAUGCAACUUGGGUACCCAGACAGUAUUACGGCCUACGCGGUGGAAGAUGACCAGCUGGGAUUGAGACAGAUCCUGAACAUCGGGGCUACAGUUGUCUUUGUGGUUCGUAUUCUCAUUCGCUGUUGGGACGGCUCGUCCCCAGUCUCACGGCUGUACGUCCCCUUGUUCAUUGCCGGAUUCAUAAAGGCGGCGUCGUGGGUCUGGGCUCUCAAAUCCGUGUAUGACGAGAACUCAUUUGUGAAUACCGAGUACUUUCCCAAAGUACCCACCAAGGAAAUCAGGGAAGGCAGUGGUGCUCAGCUCGAAAUCUUAACCAAGGACAGGAAGUUUGACGCCGCGAAGGACAUCUUGAAGGCCUACUUUCGGUUCGACUGUCUGAAACCCCACCUCAGGAACUGGCCGUACCACCCUGUGUUCAUAUCCCGCGAUUGGAUGUCCAUCGACAGUUACCCCCCCAACCGAGCUUUCACCGUGAACGAAAUCGAGCUGAACUUCAUGUUCGACGCACUCUACACUAAAGCGCCCAUUCUGUACGCGAAACUCGGCCUUAUAGGCUGCUUUAUCGGCUUCUUCUGCUUGAUGUCUGCCAUGUGUGGACUCGCCAUGAUCUUCAAGAAUGCCUUCUUGAUCGAUAUGUCCAUCACCUAUACCUAUGCGUUACUGAUGGCAGUCACAGGUCUCGAGCUUUAUCAGAUCACAACGUUGGCAUUUUCAGAUUGGGCGGUGGUGUACAUGGGUAGGCACCUUGGGAUGCCACUCUUCUCAAGGCUCCUCCCGUUUUUUGCUGAUCGGUGCAUGAGGAAGAAAAGAUGGUCGAGGUCAAUAGGGCAGCUCAAUUUGUUAGAACACUGCCGCCCAGACAGAGAAAAGCCAAAGCCCGUCCGUGUGGUACUUGAUUGGUUUGGUAAGCGGGAGAUCUUCAGUUGGCAUUGGAAACCCUCCCGCCGGCCCUUGCCCUUGUGCCUCAGGGCGCUGGUACUACGAAAGAUGGCGGAGCUUGAGGAGAAAAGAAAUUACAGGCCAUUCAACGAAAGAGGCAAGUGGACAAUCGAGAUUCACGGCAUCAAUGAGAAACAAGCACUAAGCAGUAGCAUCGAGGCAAAAUUUGCUAGGAGCAUCAUUAUCUGGCACAUCGCCACUGAUAUCCUGCAAAAAUUGGAUAUCGAAAAAUCCGAUGCUUAUGGAGGAAGUAAAUUCCUAUCGGAGUAUAUGAUGUAUCUCCUCACCCUGCAUCCUCACAUCUUGUCCCUUCCCACUGCCAACAUGACAUUGGAGCACGCUUCUCGCACGCUGAGGCCUUUCUUGAGGUACCGAGACCAUGAAGACGCAAUCAACACACUGUCCUCGCUGGAUGGAGAGAUCCUACACCCCAUCGAACCAAGUGAGGAGACGUGGAUCACUGAUGACUGGGACGUGUUGCUGGAGGUGCAGAAGCUCGUGGCCGACCUGAGGACGAUGGAAAACCAGUGGGAGAUCAUCAGCAGCAUCUGGGUAGAGAUGCUGUGUUAUGCAGCAUACAACUGUCGAGUGUCUCGCCAUGCCAAGCGACUGAGAAGAGGAGGUGAGCUCGUCACUCAUGUGUGGCUCCUCUUGGCUCACAAGACUGAGAACUUCCCCUUUGAAAAUCCUCAACGUUGCCUCAAAAUCCCCGAAAUCUCUCUCCUCGGAAAAAGGUGGUUCUACUUCUAG